CAACACUGUGUGCUACUUUCUCAAGAGUAUCAACAUCAGUUUGAAGAUGAACAUUGAAAUAGCCAAUACUGAAUUACAUCUUUAUGGGUGACAGGGGUCUUAAUGACUAGGUGACAGGCUACAGCAUAUAUGAGUCUCCUGCGUCAUCCGUGUCUCACACGACCACAGUAAAUCUGGACACUCCUAGUCCUCACCUCAUUAGAGCGCCAGCCACAAGGCCAUCGCUGCUCGCAAAGAGGCUGCAGAACAGGAAGAGGAAAUGGAGAGACCUGCGCUGCUAGUCUUCCUCUUGCUCUGUGUGCAUGAGGGAGCACUAGCAAAUUCAGGUCCAGUUCCGGAGAGCCACUCUUGCUACAGGAUUGAGCCGUUGACCCUGGCCUUAGUGGUGGUCGGUGACAUAGUGCUGACCAUCGCCAUCGUACUGGUCACAUACUACUGCGCCAGCCGACGCAAACGACAGAGCGAUAACGCUGAUAAGGUGUACAUGAACGUAAGAGCAAACUGCAAGAAGUGAUUUUCAUCACAUCCUCACCUCCUCAUCACCUCCUCCUCACCUCCUCAUCACCUCCUCAUCACCUCCUCAUCACCUCCUCAUCACACCCUCACCUCCACAUCUCACACUCACCUCCUCAUCAUCUCCUCAUCGCACCCUCACCUCCUCCUCUUCACCUCCUCAUCAUCUCCUCAUCACACCCUCACCUCCUCAUCACCUCCUCACCUCCUCAUCACCUCCUAACCUCCUCAUCACCUCCUCCUCACCUCCUCAUCACACCCUCACCUCCUCCUCACCUCCUCAUCACCUCAUCACCUCCUCAUCACCUCCUCCUCACCUCCUUACCUCCUCCUCAUCACCUCCUCCUCACAUCCUCACCUCUUCAUCACACCCUCACCUAGGGCUGCACAAUUAAUCGAUAAUAAUCGAAAAUCGUGAUAAAAUCGUGAAAUCAAAGUCGUGAUUUCAAUGGUGAUUUAAUCGUGGCAAUAGUGACCUACCUUUGAGAGCGCCCUUGGAGCCAGAACAUACUGUCAGGCUGGUGUUUCUGGACAGAAAUCUGUCCACCUAAGUCUCAUGCUAUUGCCUGUACAUAAUUAUUACAAUUCAUUUUAUUUUGCUCAUCCCGUAUAUAAUUCAUUCUUGGUUAUGUUUCAUGUUGUUAUAAUUUUCAAAAAAAAACAAAAUAAUCGUGAUAAUGAUUUUUUCCACAAUCGUGCAGCCCUAAGUAUAAUAAAACUGUAUUAUGGUAUCACUGACACAUAUCACUGUGGUAUCACUGUCACAUUACAGAAGAAUUUCUUGUAUGUAAUAAAAGUUAACAUGAUUAUAUUGAAAACGUAAAUUGAAGAACAAACUGCAUGACGGGUUUCAAUUUCAGUAAAGCUCAACAACUAUAUAUUUUUCUUUGGGAAAUGCACGGCACACAUUAUGUAUUACGUAUUCUUUAUUCUUUUGAUGUUAUGAUCAUUAAAACUACGUUUUGCUGUAUUUACUGCACAUCGUCUCAGGGAGCUUAAUUUUCAUCAGGGUUUUUCUUUAAAUAUAUACAAUAUAUAUAUUUCUUUAAAUAUAUAGUUAACGCGUGGCUGGCCAUAUCACUUUGUCUCAUUGAUAUCAAUAAAUAUUUAUUUUCUCAUGUGA